GCCGUCGAGGUGGAGAAGGAGAGCGCGGAUGAGAGUGGAAACUUGAGUUCGGCCCUAGGUUGCAUGUCCCCAGCUACGUCUUCGCAGAUCCUGGCCAGGAAAAGACGGAGAGGCAUCAUUGAGAAACGCCGGCGAGACCGGAUCAAUAACAGCUUGUCUGAGCUGAGGAGGCUGGUGCCCAGUGCUUUUGAGAAGCAGGGGUCUGCUAAGCUAGAGAAAGCCGAGAUCCUGCAGAUGACGGUGGAUCACCUGAAAAUGCUGCACACUGCCGGAGGGAAAGGCUACUUCGACGCGCACGCCCUGGCCAUGGACUACCGGAGUUUGGGGUUCCGGGAGUGCCUGGCAGAGGUCGCCCGCUACCUGAGCAUCAUCGAGGGGCUGGAUGCCUCCGACCCGCUACGAGUCCGGCUGGUAUCGCAUCUUAACAACUACGCCUCCCAGCGGGAAGCGGCGAGCGGCGGGCACGCGGGCCUCGGGCACCUUCCCUGGGGGAGCGCCUUCGGACACCCCGCAGCGGCUCAUCCCGAGGCGCCCACCCUGCGGGCGCCCCCUAGCGGUGGCCUUGCACCGGUGCUCCCCGUGGUCACCUCCGCCUCCAAACUGUCGCCACCCCUGCUGUCCUCCGUGGCCUCCCUCUCCGCCUUCCCCUUCUCUUUCGGCUCCUUCCACUUACUCUCUCCCAGUGGGCUGAGCCCGUCGGCACCCACGCAGGCAGCUAACCUCGGCAAGCCCUAUAGACCGUGGGGGACGGAGAUCGGAGCCUUUUAAAGAACUGAUGCUGUAGAAGGAGGGAGGGACCGCUUACAAUCCCAGCUGAGCUGGCGGUUGCCGACAUCACCUUAAAGUCGUCAGUUACAAUAACGAGGAAACAGGUACAAUCCCAGAUAAAUUCUGUUGAAAGACGAAAGGUUUGUUGUUUUACCUUUUCUUUCUUAAUGUUUUUUUUUUUUAAAUCAUGACAUGUAUUAGCAGGUUUUAAAUUUUGUUCCAAACAUUAAAUGGAAAUAGUGUAAACCGACACUUGCUGAUAGGUUUGUACUGUGCCUAAUUUACUUUGUAAACCUAUUGGUCUACGAGUGGUUCAAUUUUUGCCUCAGAGUUUGGGGAAUUCUUAGUAUUUGGGGGCUGUGUUACAUUCUGUUUUUAGAAUUAAUUUUCCAAACCACUAUGCUGAAUAUUAACAUGAAGCUGUCUGUUAAUACUUUGACAAUGAAGGUGUUGUAUAAAUAAUAUUCUUUUUUUGGGGGGGGGAUAUUGGAUUUUGUAUUUCUGAGCAAAGCGAUUGACAAAUCAGAUGAUCAGCUUUAUCCAAGAAAGAAGGCGAAUUCUCUGUCUCCGACGGCAGGAAAAGUGGUUGUACAGAGUCCACCAGUCGCCCUGAGUUCAUGACCAGCCGUCUGCCGGACCAGACGGGCCAUUCUGGCUUGGUCAGGAGGGAGCCCCCUGCGGUGGAGGCCCCUGUUGCAGUUGGCUGGGAGGAGAUGAGGAUAAUUGCAUAGACUAUCCUGCAUUUCCAGCCCCGAGCCAUGUGAUGCAUUUUAAUCUCCCAGAUCUCCCAGAUGCUAACACGGAGAAGUGCACCAGGUGGCCCAGUGGUCCGGUGGAACGGUCCGGUGGAACCUGUUAAAGGCAUACCCUCAUUCUUCCAGGAUUGGCCAUAUUUUCUUCUCACUGGAAGCUUUUAUGUUGCUUUUUCCUUUUUUUGGCGCAUGCAGAUGUGGCUGUUGAGAUAUUUAAAAGGGCUUUGCUGCCUCCUGUUUUUAUUUCUUUGGACUCGGGCUAUGACAGGUUUAUUCGUUUAGCAGGAGUAGCUUGAACACCGCCACCGAGCUGGGCUGGACCUCUGUUGUACUGAUGUGUUGUGACUCAAUAAAAAAGAGGGAACAAACUA